CGUUAUAUUUUCAGUAGCAAAAAUUGAGGGGCGAAACAACACAAGUUUUUCCAAGACAGGCACAAAUGAUUCUUAAACAACCAUCGAAUUUCUGAUUUAGUGCAUAUUUACACAGCAUACAACACCCACUUCCCGCAAGUGUCUUAGAGCAGUUUUUCAGAACGCACGGGCUUCAAGGAAUGACGCUAUUUUGAAUGAGCGACAAUGCACGAUGCUUAUGAAGAAAAACCAAUUUUGGAAAAACUUCCUUUGCAGAUUGAGUCCAUAGCUUGUCAUGGGGACCAGUUACUGGUUGGGACCAAGCAGGGUCACCUAUUGGUCUACAGUGUUACAGGAGGAAUGGGCAUCCAGAAUUACAAGGUAGACUUGCUCAAGUCUUUCAAGUCGUUCUCCAAAAGGCCCAUUCUACAGCUAGCAUGCAUACCAGAGCUGCAGAUCCUGGUCAGCCUGUCUGAUGCCGUCAUCAAUGUGCAUGACCUGAACCAGUUUUCACAGAUCACCAGUAUAGCCAAAACCAAAGGAGCCACUCUCUUUGCCAUUGACCUUCAGAAACUCACAACAGAGAGUGGCAGUUCCACUUAUAAUCUACGCCUGUGUGUUGCCGUCAAAAGGAAGUUGCAGCUCUUCUAUUGGAGAAACAGAUCCUUUGAAGAGGUCAAGGCUGAACUUGGUGUUCCUGAUGUCCCCAAGGUCAUGGCAUGGUGCGGUAGCUCCUUGUGUGUCGGCUUCAAGAGGGAUUACUUCAUUAUCAAGGUUGACAGUGGGGAAUUAAAAGACCUCUUUACCACAGGCAAUGCAUCGCAGUCGGAGCCCACGGUGACCAGACUAUCUGAAGACAUGCUUGCAUUAGGCCGCGACAUGAUGAGCAUCAUGAUUGACUCAGACGGACAGCCGGCAAUGAAGCAUGCCCUCACAUGGUCCGAUUUCCCCAUAGUCCUCGAGCAUGACCAGCCGUACAUCAUAGCGGUGCUGCCCAAGUACGUGGAGAUUCGAACCGCGGACCCCCGCCUGCUGGUCCAGACCAUUGAACUCCCCAAGCCACGCUUCAUUACAAUAGGAAGUGGACAUGUGUACGUGGCAUCCAAUCAUUACAUAUGGAGGCUGGUUCCCGUCCCCAUAGCUGCACAAAUCAAGGCACUUUUAGCCGACAACCAGUUUGAACUUGCACUUCAUUUAGCUAAUAUGACAGACGAAGUUGAAGCGGACAAACAGAGAAGAAUUCAGCACAUCCAGAACCUGUUCGCCUUUGAGUUGUUCCAGCAACAACGCUUUGAAGAAUCCAUGAAGAUGUUUGCCAAACUAGGAACAGACCCCUCGCAGGUGAUAGGACUCUUCCCGGACCUCCUCCCCAAGGAAUACCGCAACAAGCUGGAGUACCCCAGCUCCCCAACAGAGCUAACGGGAGCGGCCAUGGAGAAAGGCCUGACGGCCCUGAUCGAGUACCUGACCCAGAAACGGCAAGACCUGAUGAAGAUGUCCAGCAAGGAGCUGAACCAGCCGUCGACCAUCGUAGAAGGCUGCGCUACCGUCACCUCUAGGAAGCAUAUGAGUCAGAUCAUCGACACCACGCUGCUCAAAUGCUACCUGCAGACAAACGAUGCUCUGGUGGCACCACUUCUCCGACUCAAAGACAAUAAUUGUCAUCUGGAGGAGAGCGAGCGCGUCCUGAAGAAACACCAGAAAUACAGUGAGCUCAUCAUCCUGUAUGAGAAGAAGGGUCGCCAUAAAAAAGCCUUGGACCUGUUGCUGAGGCAGUCUCAGAAGCCCAACAGCCCCCUCAAGGGUCACGAGAGAACGGUGGCUUACCUACAGAGUCUGGGCAACGAGCACCUACCCCUCAUCUGUGAAUACGCCACGUGGGUCCUCAAAGCCCACCCAGAGGAUGGACUCAAGAUCUUCACAGAGGACAUUCCCGAAGUCGAGAGCCUUCCCAGACUUCAGGUCCUGGACUACCUGAUGACUGUGGCCAAGAAGCUGACGGUGCCCUACCUGGAGCAUGUCAUUCUAACAUGUGGGGACACCACCCCCGAGUUCCACAAUCGACUGAUCCACAUGUACAGGGAGAUGGUGCAGGAAAAGAUGGAAGAGUACCUCCACACUCUGCCAGAGGGUCAAAUGCCCCCAAGGGCUGGCACAGAGCCGGGAGAAUUUGGCGAACUGAGGAGAAAAUUGCUGUUCUUCCUGGAUUCUUCGGCAUCUUACAUUCCUGAAAGACUCCUCACACAUUUCCCCUUUGACGGAUUUUACGAGGAGAGAGCACUCUUGCUGGGGCGGCUGGGUCGUCAUGAGCAGGCCCUGGCCAUUUAUGCCCACGUCCUGAAGGACACAAGGAGGGCCGAGGAGUAUUGCCGGAAGAACUAUAAGAGGGACCCCAAGGCUAACAAAGACGUCUACCUGUCGCUCUUCAAGACAUACAUCAGCCCACCAGAUGCAAACUCCCUGCGAAUCAUGGCCAGCAUUGAACCGUCCAAGCCCAACGUCAAAGCUGCUCUGGACGUUCUGGAGCUCCAUCAUGACAAAGUAGACACGGCCAGGGCCCUGGAGAUGCUACCUGAGACGAUCCAGGUGAAAGACGUCUGCCGUUUCCUCGAGGGCGUCCUGGAGAAUAACGCCAAGCACAAACGCCACAACCAGAUCCUCAAGAGCCUCUUCUUCUCUGAGAACCUCCAGGUCCGUGAGCAGCACAUCCACUACCAAAGCCAGAAGUGCGAGAUUACCGAAGAGCGCAACUGCCCUGUCUGCAAGAAGCGAAUCGGCAACAGUGCUUUCGCUCGCUACCCCAACGGUGUUGUCGUACAUUACUACUGCGCCAAAGACCGCUCAGUCUGUCCUGCAGAACCCACGUAAUGACUGGGAACUAUAGUGGCAUUUUACAUUACCCACAAAUACCUUUUUAUGUUGGAUUAUUAUAGAUUCUUUAUUAUUCUGAAAUUUGUGAAAAUUAUGAUUUGUUGUAUGGAUUUUGUGUCCCACUUUCCUGUUAAGAACUGGGGGAGCAGAAACUUUAAGAUUUCAUAUGUUAGCCCGGAAAGUCUUCCAAGUGAAAAAUUAAAAGAGGAAGCAUCUUAAGCAUUUCGACUUUUUUUAAAACUAGAAUUCUUUGCUCAUUGCAUCUGUGAAUGCAACUUUUCUUUUUAUCAAAUUGUGAUGAUGCUGUAAAAAAAAAGAAACAAAAAGAGGUCUGACAAAAAUAGUAAGUCUAAAAUUCCAAUUUAAAACUAUGUUAUCCCCCCUUCCCUUUGAAAUGUUUCACAAACAUUUGUUGAAGGUCCUCUUUAUGAGACACAACUAAAUAUUUACCAGUUUGUUAUCACCAGAGAUGUAACAAGUUAAAUGAAAGAACUUUGUAAGAAGAAAGAAUUCUAAAAUACUUCUUAAAAGUCAUUUUAAUCACUUCAUAAAUAUAACUAAUCCUAGAAGAAAGGUCGUGCCACCUUUCGGUAAAAGUGUUCCCUUCCACACUGCAUCUAUGGAAAUAUGGGUGGGUUUAAAGGUUUUGACAGAAACUGUUUAUUUGUUGGCAAAUUAACAUGUUAAAGAUCUUUUAUGUUUGGUUUGACUGAUGGUUGCGUGUUUAAUAUUAUUAACGCCACUGGUGUCAUUGUCUAGAGGGUGGUCCAAUAAAAAGCUUACACUUUUUCAGAUUCAUAAGAUGUUUUUUUCCCCAACGAUGGUCAGCCGACCAUUUUUGGAAAAUCAAGCAAAAAUUCCACUUUUCUUGAAAAUGACAGCACACCCGGUGCACUGAUUUCAGAGGAUGCUUGAAACUAUUAUUUGCAGUUAAGUAUUAACUAAUAUCAACAGUCAAGUAAGGUAUUUUCAUGAUAAUUUGGUAGAUUUUUGGUGUUUGCAAAUGUUGUUAAAUUACCUUUAAGUCAAGAACUACUUGGAAUUGGAAAUGUACCUUGCACCUUGUAAUUUGUGGUCAGCUUCAUGGCAGACCACAUUGUUUGAUGGCAGUGUACGAAUUUGGACAUCAUUUUUGUUUAGUGGUGGGGGGGGGGGGCUGGUUGAUGGAAGGGAGGAAGGCUAUGGGACUUUAUGGAAUCGGAUAAGGAAGGUUCUUCCAACAAUUGCCCCCCCCCCCCUUUACGCUAUGCAGGGAUGAUGAAAAACUGUGUUAGCAUCUAUCAUCAUUAUCAGUGUGGGAUAGUUGAACUGAUUGCUUUUUGGUUAGCCGUCAUUCUUGAUCAAAUUUUCUGUCUGGUUAAUGGGUGUACAGGGCGAGUCAAAAAAAAGCGAAACCCAAAUUUCGGGACCAUUGUUU